UUGGGAUUGGUGGUGAAUCUGUGCUUUAGAUUUUGUUUUUCGUAGGCGUCGUUUUCAGAUUUGUGGAAAGUUAAUAAAUAACAAUAAAUACCCUGGACUUUUUAUACUUACUGCAGAAUUAUCACUACGCAUGGAUAUUCCCAUGUGGAAAUCUGAGUAUUUUUAGAUUACAAUGAAGUUGAAAAAAGUGAAAACUGACAUAGAGGAGGCAGCACCACCCGCUCCUCAGGCAGAAAUAAUAGAGGCAGAUUUAUACAAGCGCUCAUACUUUGGUCCUGACGUCCCAACCCUCGAGCUAGAAUGCUGGGAAGAGGAACUGUCAGAAGCGCAACUACAAGCAUACAAGCAUGCAGGUGAUGAGUACAACAACAUACAGAACAAACUGGAUGUUAUGGUAAAAGAUACCGGGGGACAAGUUGUUUAUAAUGGGAACCAGUUUACAGCCUAUCAGCUUCUUGGCAAGCAACCAGUGCUCAAAGAUUUGGAAAGACAAAGUGCAGAUAUCAUCAGAUCACGAUCACGCUCUCUUUCUGUAGUCAAGGAAGUUAAAGAAAAUACAAGAAGCAAAAGAGGAGGUCGUCCAAAGAGAUACAACGAGAAUGUUCGCGACUUGUCACCAUCACCUGAAAGGAUUAAGACUCCUGAGCCUCGCCACAAGAAGAAGAAGAAAGAUAAAGAAAAGAAGAAAGAGGAGAAAAUGAAAAAAGAAGACGAACCUAAGAAAAACGCGGACACCAAGACUAAGGACAAAACUUUGGCACCUUCUAAUGUGCACAGCGUAGUUACCAACGUGCGCCCCUCGGAAGCGACGGCCGUGGGUGGUUUGCUGACCGGUAGCGCCACCAAGGCCACGGCAAUAGUCGACCUCACCAGAGAGGAUCAAAGCAAUAAGAAUAUUGCAGAUUCGCGCGAAGUGUCCUUUAAUAAAUUACAAGGCAAAACAUUCCCAUCACUAGUGGUAGUUGCGCGUCCCUACCUGCGAUCGAAGGAGGCCCCUCCGCCGUCCGACCGCGCGGCUCUAGACGGCAAGGUGAAGUCGGUGCUCAUACACACUCCCAUGAAGUUCACGGAGUGGCUCAUACAGCAAGGCCUCGUGCGCUCGGAGCAGUGGUGCGCCAUACACGCCGGGAACAAGCUUAAACUGGGCAUGUACUCCGACGUAUCGAAGUUCCCAUACUCGGGCGGCUACGUAUGGAUAUCCGAAUGCUGUCCAACUCGUUUCGUAUCCGUUUUCUCCAGUUCAAUAUUCGAAGGCGCCACUUUCCCGCCCAGCGUCAUCCUAAAACUUGUAUACCACUGGGCGUGCCAAACUAACGUGCAGAACGUUGUGCAAUGGGUCAAAGUUGACAAUCUGUAUGUGAAGGGUCUUUUUACGUGGUUAAGAGCCGUUUGCACGUCCGCCAUACACAAUCAUAUGGGACUGUUGGGAGGUUCGGGGAAGAAGAUCGAGGUUGGGGUUAUCUCGCUGGGCACUACGAGCCAUGAUGGCACGCAGAGGCAAGUUAAAGUUGAGGUGUUGGGCGUUUUGGACCCUGUUGAGAAAGUGAUUCGUCUCCGCGCUGUUGAACCGUUAGCGGAAUACGAGAAGAACUAUAAGAAGCGUUUCCAGAAGAUUCUCGAGCCCCUCACCGGUUGGGUCCAUCCUUCGUCAGUUAUUCUCACCGAUUUGACCGUCGACAAAGGCACGCUGAUUUCCAUGGGUUUCAAGACCGUCCAUCAGUCGUCGUCGCAUUCGGACCAGCCAGCGAAGCACAGCAAUGCUAAUAUAAUGGAGUACUUAAGAAGGAUUGUGCCUAGAAUGUUCCAGAAUACACUGUCGCUUCUCUCGAGGCAGAUUAUACAGCAGUUUUUGGAUGAACUUGUAUGGAGAGAAAAAUUCGGCAUAUCCCCCGGGCAAGCAUUCGACAACAUAGUGUCCCAUAUCGCGGAACAAACCAAAUUGGACGCGAAGGAUCCCAUUACUAUCCGCCUUAACAAGAUCGCCUCCAACCCGUUCAAGAGCUGGAAGUUUCCGAGUAAGAAAAGUAGCAAGACCGAAGAAGCACCGGAGCCGGAAGUUCGCGGUAAGCGCAGUAGAAAGAAGAAGGACCCUUCGCCGGCCCCGCCGCCGCCCCCCAAGAAGAGAAAGAAGGAGAAGACUACUUACCUGGACGAAGAUGACGAUGAAGAGGUACCUCUUGCACUGCGUCGUACAAAAAUAAAGCAAGAGAAAACAAAAGUGGAGAAGGAUCCGGAGCCGCCGGCGGCGCCGCGCGGGCGACGAAAGAUCGUGCGCUCGUACGUCGAUGACGACCUCGACGACAUUCCGCUCAAGAACAUCAAGAAGGAGAUCAAACCGGAGGAGACCGUGUCGCUGGAGAGGUUCUACUACGGACAGACGAAAGAAAAUGAUGAGGACAAUGUUGCCAUUGCCGUUUUGUGCCCCAUCUGCGACGUGGAGUUCAACGAAAGCCUACUCCUCAUGGAGCAUAUCUUUAAACACCUGGUGCCGCCGCCAGCGGGCGCCACCGAGGAUGCUCCUCAGUGCCGCUACUGCCUCGUGCGAUUCGCCACCGAGGCGGAGCUGACUACCCACUUAAACGGAACCCACCCUAUCGGCACCAAGGCACCAGAUCUGUUCACGUACGCGUGUCUCAUUUGCGAGGUGCGUUUCGCGGCAGUGCUGACCUUGGCGUCGCACAUGCAGAAAACGCACGCGCCGCGCGAGCUGCCGUACGCGUGCGGCGCCUGCGCGUACCGCAGUUCCGCACACCGCGCCACGCUGGACCACCAGCGCGCGUGCCACCGCCGCGCCACCGCACUCAGCUGUCCGCACUGCUUCAAGGUGAUCCCGAUCUACGAAGAUGGUGAUGAGCUAACAUCCAACGUUCUGCUGUACGUGGAUCAUCUCAAACAACACCAAGACAAGGAGCUUGAGGUCAAAUGCAACCGUUGUGUCCUGAAGUUUGUACAUCUUGGACAACUCAAAGAGCACCAGAUUCGCGAUCACAACAGCGUGGAAGACGCUAUUCCUUUGUGCUCCGAAGAACAUCUGAUUAACCAGCCUAAGAAUAAGGCUCGCCCACCAGUGAAGGACUCCGCAAAUCACAACAUCAGUGAGACGUACGAAGGGCUGACACUAGUGCUGCCCAGCGGCGCCCUCUGCCGCGAGUGCGACACGCCCCUCGAUGGCGACAAACAUUUCCUGGGCCGCACAGCCUGCAGUAAGUGUUGCUUCGCCACGUCGUGCUACCGCGGCAUGCUGCGUCAUAGCGGCUACUGCGCGGGCCCGCACUCCCUUGAGACGGCGGCGCGGCGGGCGCACACCCGCCUCUACUGCGUGUGCGGAUACGCCACAGACAUCGGUACGGACAUGCUGUCUCACUUGCUCGUGACGGGGCACUCGAGCGCCUACUCGUCUGAAGAGGACGCGCGCACAAACACCGUGGGAGUCGAGCCCUUCGCCAACAAGACCCCAGAUGAAAACGUUGAACCUGUUGUGGAGAGUUUGCCGGCAGCCAUAGCUGAUUAUGCGCCCCCCUCGGUUAUUAACACGAAUUUGUCACUGGAUGACCUCGCGCCUCCUUCGGUGCUACAAUCCGAUCAGCAUGAUCAGGAGCUGCUAAAGGACACAUACGACCGCCCGCUGGCUACACCCCGGCAUGAAGAACCACACUACACCUUGGGAGACUUCGAACCACUCCCACAAGAGCCACCCCCGCAGCCGGACUUUGAACAACUCUGAUUCAAACUAGGAUAAGCUGUUUUGUCAGGUAGUUCUCAAGUGACUGUAAAUUUACAACUUUGAUUACAACAGGCAUAGGCCAAGGAAUAUAAAAAAUAUAUAAUUAGAUUUUGCUUAGUGAGAGUAACCUGUUUACAACUAUGUUAAAUAUUGUUAAGUUUCUGUAUGACAAAGCUUAGACCAUAGGAAUGUAUGAAAUUGCUUCCAAUUCCAUUCUGAUUUACUUAAAAGAACAUUGUUUAUAUGUGAAGACCAAGCUUUUUAUUAGGUGUAAUACAUAAUUGGGUCCCAAAACAGAUUCAUGACAAGCAAUCUUAAUUUUACUAUAGCAACAGUCAGCACUUAUUUAUGAUGAUUUCAGUUAUAUGUAUUUAAUUGGUUUCUCUUUGGGGAUGGGUACAGCAUUAUUUUAUUUUUUUGAUAAUAAAAGGUUUUUUCUUAUCAAUAUUGAAUUGUAUGUGAAGUAAAAAAAGAAAGUAAUU